AUGCCUGGCCAAUUAUCUGCCCCCAACGAUCGCGAGCUGCGCUUUUUGCAGUUUCUCGAAGCCCACGCAAGUGUCAUUAAUGACAUUGUGCGCAAGCGGCCCGAGCUCCUUGGCAAGCGUCCAUACAGCUUGUUGACGCGAUUUCCCACUAUUUUGGAUUUCGAAGUGAAAGAAAAGUUUUUCCGCAAAAAGAUCAAACCAGAUCGCCACCGUCGUGUGCCACUGCGCAUCCGCCGUGACUACCUCUUCGAGGAUUCUUACCAGCGCGUCAUGCAACUCAAUGCGGGUGAGCUGCGUGGACGUCUCAACGUACAGUUCCAAGGCGAGGAGGGCAUUGAUGCCGGCGGUCUGCUUCGUGAGUGGUAUUACACGAUUUCGCAGUCGAUCAUGAAUCCGAACUACGCCCUCUUUUGUCAGUCGACCCCGGGUUCAGAAACGUAUCAACCGAAUCAGCACUCGUCCAUCAACGUCGAUCAUCUGCGUUACUUUCAGUUUUGCGGUCGCGUGGUCGCAAAGGCCAUCUUUGAUCAUCAGCUGCUUGAUUGCCAUUUUACCCGCGCCUUUUACAAGCAAAUCUUGGGUAUGCACGUGUCAUGGCGUGAUCUGGCGGCCGUUGAUUCGUCUCUCUACAAAAAUCUCCUUUUCAUCCUGGAGAACGACGUGACGCCUUUUGAGGGUGAUUUCACGUUUUCUUUGGACGUGGACCGAUUUGGCAAGUUGGAGACGAUUGAUCUCAAGCCCGGGGGACGUGAUUUGAACGUGACUGAGGAGAACAAGAAAGAAUACGUGCGCUUGGUCGCGGACAUGAAACUGACAGAGGCCAUCAAAGAUCAAAUCAAGGCCUUCCAAAAGGGCUUUUACGAAGUUAUUCCACAAACUGACAUUGCACUCUUCAACGAGUCGGAGCUCGAGCUUUUGAUUUCUGGUCUGCCUGAGGUGGACAUUGACGACUUGCGCGCCAACACGGAUUAUCACUCGGGUCUCUCGGCAAGCACGCCAGUCAUCCAAUGGUUCUGGCGCGCGGUGCGCUCCUUCUCGCGUGACGAGCGCAUCAAGUUGAUUCAAUUUGUCACGGGCACUGGUCGCAUCCCCGUGGGUGGCUUCUCCAAGCUAGUUGGCAUGAGUGGGCCACAAAAGUUUAACAUUCAAAAGGAUCGGUCCGGCCCGCAGCGAUUGCCUCAGGCCCACACUUGUUUCAAUCAACUGGAUCUGCCCGAAUAUGAGAGCUACGAACAGCUUCGCGAGGCCUUGAAGCUUGCCAUUAUGGAGGCCUCUGAGGGAUUUGGGUUUGGUUGA